UAUGUCAUCGGUAACGAGAAUACAUACAUGUUGCUUUUGUUUUACUACACUGCUCGAUCGCUUCCGUUAGGAAGCUGUCUGCGUCUUUUGGCGGGAGUGCGGGCCCCGCCACUCCUAAUCCGCCAUUAAUCCUCCUUCUCUGUUUCUUCUCAUAAAUACCUCUCUCCCCUUCUCUUCCGCCACCUCUUGUAUACGCCGGCACCCACCGUUUCUCCUCCACUCCUCGCCGCCUAAAUACCAAAAAGGAGGGCAAAACCAGAAAACCGGAAAACCAGAAAACUGGAAAAAAGUAUAUACAAAGUGAAACUUCUUUUUUUUUUUUUUUGGAUUUUUGUUGAGGUUUUUGUGGGAGUGUGAUGUGAUCAGUGAUUAUUAGAGGGGGAAAGCGAUGGCGAGAUUUGGUGUGCGUUUUGUAGUUUUCGUUUUGUAUGUUUUUUGGACUCGAAUUGACGGCGGAGAUUCGCUCUCUACUGACGGACUGUCACUGUUAUCGCUCAAGUCCGCCGUGGACGGCGGAGGCGGCGCGGCGUUUUCCGACUGGAACGAGAAUGACGAUUCUCCGUGCCGCUGGACUGGCGUCUCUUGCAUGAACGUUUCCGGCUCGUCGGAGCCGCGCGUCGUCGGGAUUUCCGUGUCCGGACAGAAUCUCCGGGGGUAUAUUCCGUCGGAGCUCGGAAGCCUAGUCUAUCUCCGGCGGCUUAAUCUUCACGGUAACAACUUCUACGGUUCUAUACCGGAGCCUCUGUUCAAUGCCACGUCACUGCACAGUGUUUUUCUCUACGAUAACAACAUUUCCGGUACUCUUCCGCCGUCUAUAUGUAAUCUCCCGCGGCUCCAGAAUCUGGAUUUAUCGAACAAUUCGAUCUCCGGAGGGUUCUAUAGGGACCUCAGGAACUGCCGGCAACUACAGCGGUUAAUUCUGGCGAAGAACAAACUCUCCGGCGAGAUUCCCGCCGGAGUUUUCCCGGAGCUAGCGAAUUUGGAGCAGCUCGAUCUGUCAUCCAACUCAUUCACUGGCCCAAUUCCGGACGAUAUCGGUGAAUUGAAAUCUCUUUCAGGAACUUUAAAUUUAUCCUUCAAUCAUUUCACUGGAAAAAUCCCCAAAUCCUUAGGGGAUUUACCCCUCACUGUUAGCUUUGCUCUUAGGGACAACAAUUUAACAGGAGAAAUUCCCCAAACUGGUUCAUUUGCGAAUCAGGGCCCCACUGCAUUCUUGAAUAACCCAAUGUUGUGUGGAUUUCCUUUACAGAAGCCUUGUAAAAAUGGGUCUGAGAAUUCAUCAGGGAGCCAUGGAUCAUCACAAGAAAACCCGAAAUCCCAUUCGAGAAAAGGGCUUAGAGCGGGGUCGAUUAUACUGAUAUGUUUAGCCGAUGCGGCUGCAGUGGCGUUCAUAGGACUAGUAAUUGUUUAUUUGUACUGGAAAAAGAAAGACACUGGAGGGUGUAGUUGCACUGGUAAAGAGAAAUUUGGAGGGGGAGAGAAGAGAUCCUCCUUGUGUGCUUUCCCUUGUGUUGGUGGGAUUCCAAGCAAUGAUUCCGAAGUGGAAUCCGAGAAGGGGCCUGCUAAUGGUGGCAGUGGCCCCGAGGGGGAUCUCGUGGCGAUUGAUAAAGGGUUCACCUUUGAGCUCGACGAGCUGUUGAGAGCUUCGGCUUAUGUGCUCGGGAAGAGCGGGCUCGGGAUUGUGUAUAAGGUUGUGCUCGGCAAUGGAGUUCCUGUCGCGGUUAGGAGAUUAGGGGAAGGCGGGGAGCAGAGGUACAAGGAGUUUGUUGCCGAGAUUCAAGCCAUUGGUAGGGUUAAACACCCUAACAUUGUGAAGUUGAGAGCUUACUAUUGGGCUCCUGAUGAGAAGCUUCUUAUCAGUGAUUUCAUAUCCAAUGGCAGCUUGGCUUCUGCACUUCAUGGGAGAAAUGGUCAGCCAUUACCAAACCUAACAUGGUCUACAAGGCUAAAAAUCGCAAAGGGAACAGCCCGAGGCUUAGCCUAUCUCCACGAAUGCAGCCCCAGAAAAUUCGUCCAUGGAGACAUAAAGCCAUCCAACAUCCUCCUCGACCGUGACUUCCAACCCUACAUCUCCGACUUCGCCCUCAACCGCCUCAUCAACAUCACCGGCAACAACCCCUCAUCCUCCGGCGGCUUCAUGGGCGGCGCCCUCCCAUACUUAAAGCCCGCAGCCCAGCCCGACCGCACCAACAACUACCAAGCACCCGAAGCCCGAGCCCAGCCCGCAACCCGGGCCGCCCAGAAAUGGGACGUGUACUCGUUCGGAGUCGUCAUGCUGGAACUCCUCACCGGAAAGUCCCCGGACCUCUCGCCGUCCACCACGUCCACCUCCGCGGAGAUCCCGAACCUGGUGAAGUGGGUGAGGAAAGGGUUCGAGGAAGAGAACCCGCUGUCGGACAUGGUGGACCCCAUGUUGCUCCAGGAAGUGCACGCGAAGAAGGAAGUGUUGGCGAUGUUUCAUGUGGCGCUUGCGUGUACGGAGGAGGAUCCGGAGAUCCGGCCCAGGAUGAAAACGGUGUCGGAGAAUCUUGAGAAGAUAGGAGCAUGAGAUGAUGAGAAUAUUGCUUGGCAUCCGUUUUUGUGUUAACAUUCUUUGGAUGAUUAUUGGAUCGGUCGGUGUCGUUUUCUGUACUUAGAAUUUGUUUUUGAUUCUCUGUUCCUCAAAGAAAUGGCAAAUAUGAAUAUAAAUAUGUACUGCUAAAUGAAAUUCUUUAUCAUUAUUCAUUUCUCUUUAAUCU